UCAUGCUGUCCUCCCCUGCAUGGUAUCUGACCAGUGUCCUAGUCAGAUACCAUGCAGCGCUGACCAGACCAGGGGAAGGUCAGAUACCAUGCAGCGCUGGGGGUGUGGGCCACAGCACAGAGCUGUGCCAAAACCCAGGGGGCUUCCUGGAGGUGGCUGCCCUGCUCACGUAGGUCAGGAGACACUCAUGGAGCAGGAGGGUCUGAGACUUGCGGGCAGGUGCUGCUGGGAGCAAAGGCUGCCUCCACGGUGCUCCACACAGCUCCUGGAAGGUCCCUCUCCUCUCGGCACCUGUGUGUCUUGUUUGUUUGUAAAAUGGUCCCAGCCCUGGCUGGUGUAGCUCAGUGGAUUGAGUGCGGGCUGCGAGCCAAAAGGUUGCCAGUUUGAUUCCCAGUCAGGGCACACGCCUGGGUUUCGGGCCAGGUCCUCAGUGGGGACCCCGUGAGAGGCAACCACACACUGAUGUUUCUCUCUUUCUCCCUCCCUUCCCCUCUCUCUAAAAAUAAAUAAGUAAAAUCUUUUUAAAAAAUGGGUCCAUAGUGGGGGAUGUGAGGCCCGAAUAAGGUAGGCCUGGCAGGGUUUCCUGCCACAUGGCGUGUUCUUGGCAAAUGGCAAGCCCUUCUGCACUGUGGUUACGAAGUUCCCGGGCAGAGGCAGGGGUGGGGAGGGCAUGUUUUGGGAAGAGACUAUUGCAGAAACCUGGAAUUCUCAGAGCCUGGCUGCUGGAGCAGCGCCAAAGAGGUCAGCGUGGCUAGUCUGGAAGCCGGGGGCUGAGUCGGCAAGCCAGAGAGGAGGCUGGGGUGGUGGGUCCCCAGACAGGUGGACGGACAGGGGGAGAGACCUGAGCCACACUGUGGGUGUGGCUGACUGGAGGGGGGAGAUGUGGAGGAGAUCCGUUGGAGGAGAGGUCCAUCCCCAUCCCUGCCCUCUGCCUCCCUCUCCCCGGGGUCAUCACCGUGGCUUCCUAACUGCCUUCAUGUAGCCACACGUCCGCCGUGGCCCAGCCUCCAAACGCAGCCAGUGUGGGAGAUCUGUUGCACAUGUCACACGAUCGUCCUUCCUCCUCUAAAUCUCUUAGUGGCGCCCUCUCCAGUCAGAGGCAAGCCCUUCCGGUGGCCCUGCAGGCCCCGGUGGCCUGGCCUCCAUGAUCUCUCUGACCCCUUCUCCUGGAUCGUUCCCCUGCCCCCUACUGUUCCAGCAACCUGGCUUAGUGGCCCCAGGGACUUUGCACUGACCAUUUCCCUGGACACUUUCCCCCGGAUACCCCUCGUGGGUUGCACAAGCAUCAGCUUUUCAGAGAGGCCACCCCGAACUGUCCUGUGUACAGGAGCGCCCACACCUGUGCUCCCAACCCAGUCUCUCGGUUGCGCCUCUCUCUGCGGCCCUUCCACCGCCUGACGUAUUUCUUUACUUGUGAAUGUAAAGAAAGCCAAAGACUCUGCUGCGCUCACUGCUGUGUGUAUUUGCAGACCUUGGAGCGGGGCCUGGCAUAUAGUAGGUGCUUAAGUAUGUGUUGGAUGAGUGAUCGAGGUGCUGGGCGUGAUGCUAAGGGCUUGACCGGUUUCUUUCCAUCACAGCUUUUUGUAUCAGGUGGAGCAAGAACGUUCUUACCUGUGUGUUAUCUCUCUGGCCUCAUCACCCGAUCCUUUGGUUGGGCACCAAGAAGUUCUGAUGGGCUUCGCAGAACCAGUGCCAGGGAGACCAGAUGAGGCAGGUCUUUCUAGAAGGGUCCUUAGACAUUGUCCUUUACAAGCUCUUUAUUUUACAGAGGAAGAACCUGGGGCUUAGAACUGGGAUGGGGGAUAGAAGCCAGGCCCCUUCCUCGGGCGGUACCCAGUUAGCAAGGACCGUUAAGAAGAGCAGCCUCCCCGGCAGGGCUCCGUGUGUGAUUUCGGGAGCAGCACUCUUUUGCCGCCAGUUACUGUUUUUUUAUCUUCGAUACCAUAGAAAAGGAGAAAGUGAGGCAACACUGAGCGCUUUCUUCCAAGGAGAGUGACCUCGGGACUCAUGAUUCAGGCCAGUUUCGAGAUGCCUCCGUGAACUCCAGGCGCAGCAAGUGACUGGUACCAAAAGCUCGUCCACACGCCCCAGCUGUUGUUCUGGAAGGAUGAUUCUCUAAGUGACAGCUAGAGGAAGGUGAGGGAACAAGCAAAGGGAACAGUGUUCCAAGCAGAAGGAACAGCAGAUGGAUUUGCAGGCUCGGAGAGCGUGUGGACGGGCCGUGUUCCCGUUGGCGGAGGAGGCUGCCUGCUGAGCCAGGGCGUGUCUCCAGGAGGCUGCCUGGAUCCCCACCGCAUCGCCAUGGGGCGCCCAGGCUGACCAGCCAGUUCCUGUCAGAGGCUCCUGCUGUUAUCGGGGGAGACCAUGUCCAGGUCCCCAGACUGUCUGCUGUGGCCGCUCCGGAGCACCCCAAGCCAGCGGGGCUGUACCCUGUUCAUCAUCGGCUUCAAGUUCAUGUUUUUGGUCUCCAUCAUGAUCUACUGGCACAUGGCAGGGGAGCCCAGGAGCCAAGGACAAUUCUCUAACCUGCCUGUUGACGUCCCCUGCCCCCACCUGGGGCCCCCCACACGGCACCCCAGCGCCCCACCUCCAGGCAGCAUCUUCUUCCUGGAGACCUCAGACCGGACCAACCCCAACUUCCUGUUCAUGUGCUCGGUGGAGUCGGCUGCCAGGGCCCACCCAGAGUCCCGGGUGGCGGUCCUGAUGAAGGGGCUGCCCGGCGGCAACGCCUCCCUGCCCCGGCACCUGGGCUUCUCGCUUCUGAGCUGCUUCCCCAACGUGCAGGUGCUCCCGCUGGACCUCAAGGAGCUGUUCCGGGGCACACCUCUGGCGGCCUGGUACGCGGCCACGCAGCAGCGGUGGGAGCCCUACCUGCUGCCCGUACUCUCCGACGCCUCCCGGCUGGCGCUCCUGUGGAAGUUCGGGGGCAUCUACCUGGACACGGACUUCAUCGUCCUCAGGAACCUGAGGAACCUGACCAACAUGCUGGGCACUCAGUCCCGCUACGUCCUCAACGGCGCCUUCCUGGCCUUUGAGCGCCACCACGAGUUCCUGGCGCUGUGCAUGCGUGACUUCGUGGCCCACUACAACAGCUGGAUCUGGGGCCACCAGGGCCCACAGCUGCUCACGCGUGUCUUCAAGAAGUGGUGCUCCAUCCGCAGCCUGGGCGAGAGCCACGCCUGCCGCGGCGUCACGGCCCUGCCCUCUGAGGCCUUCUACCCCAUCCCCUGGCAGAACUGGAAGAAGUACUUCGAGGACAUCAGCCCCGAGGAGCUUCCCCGGCUGCUCAGGGGCACCUACGCCGUGCACGUGUGGAACAAGAAGAGCCAGGGCACGCGCUUUGAGGCCACAUCCAGGGCGCUGCUGGCCCAGCUCCACGCCCGCUACUGCCCCACGACACACAAGGCCAUGAAGAUGUACUUGUAAGGGGCCUGCCUGCACCCAGCACGGGGAGGGGAGGGCUGCCCAGCCACCUUUCCUGGGGAGGCGAGGCGAGGGGUGGGGGACAGG